AUGUGCAAGGCACUCAACCCCAAAUAUACCCCUCCCACCAGGAGUUAUCUCAGUGACACCUUAAUUCCCUCCUGGUAUGAUGUUGAAAAGGCCAAUGUGAUCAGUGAGCUGAAGGACGUGCCAAAGCUGGCCAUCACAUCAGAUGGGUGGACCAGCCUCUGUCAAGACCACUAUCUUAAUGUUACAGUGCACUACACAAGCCAGGGCAGUGUAAAACAGAAGGUCCUCCACACCAGGGCAGUGUACCAAUCUCAAACUGGUGAAGUAGUGGCAAAGGAGAUCUCUGACAUUCUAGAAGAGUUUGAGAUAGAGCCAAGCAAGAUUGUAGCUGUGACUGUUGAUAAUGCUGGCAAUAUGGAUGUUGCUAUCAAGAAGCUUCAGAUCCUAAAAAUAGGAUGUUUUGCACAUACGUUGAAUCUGGCAGCACAGAAAAUCUACAAAAUUGCUUCCAUUGAUAAAUGGGCAGCCCGAAUCAGAGCAAUGGUCGUGUGGUUCAAGAGGUCCUCCAUGUCCAAAACAGUGUUGAUGGAAAAGCAGCAGCUCCUUGGCAUUCCACAACACUCCCUCAUCCUUGAUGUCAAGACCAGAUGGAACUCGCUCUACCUAAUGAUAGAGAGAUUCAUGGAGCAGUAUCCAGCAAUACAAGCAGCAGCCUUGGACCCACAACUUCGAAAAGCAAUCACCAAGGACAGCCUUGACCGUCUGAAGGAUGAGGACUUCCAUAAGGCUGAGGAGUUUGUCCAGCUCAUGAGAGUCCUCUAUACAUCCACACUAUGUGUGUCAUGUGAGAAAAAUGCCACCUGUGGACAGAUCAUACCCAUCCUUCAAAAACUGGAAGAGCAUUUUACUAUGAAGGAUGAAGAUACAAUGUUUGUAGCAUCCAUCAAAGAGAAGGAUGAUGACAUCCAAGCCUUCCUGCAUGAGGCCACAGCAAUGGACCCCAGAUUCAAUGGGAGGUCAGUAAGUGAUGAAAGACUGAGGAGGAAAGCUAUUGAGGCCAAUGUGAGACCAACAAUAGGGCUGUCAGAUGAGAUGACAGACACAGAGCACCAAGAAAAGGAGGAAUCCGAAGGAGAAGGUGAGAAAAUGGAGGAGACCAUACCUCCAUUGCACAUAAAAAGGAGCGCCUUAGAGGAGCUAUUCUCAAAGGAGGACAGGGAGUUGAGGUUGAGGAUCCAAAAGGACACCUUGUCCCUCACCCUCAGUGAACGUGUUGACUUAGAGGUUGAACGCUACAAAAACCUGCCUCCCAUUCCCACGGCUGAAGAUCCAGUGAUGUGGUGGUGGGAGAAGAGAGCUGAUCUGCCCCUCCUCACAACCAUAACAAGUUACCUCUGUGCUCAAGCCUCCUCCACCCCUAGUGAGAGGGUUUUUUCAACCGCAGGGAACACAAUAAGCCAAGAGAGGUCCCGACUUCUGCCAGAAAAGGCAAAUGUGUUGAUUUUUCUCCAGAAGAAUGGUUAA